AUGCAUCAUGAGCUUUUCUUUCCAGGCUUCAUCCUACUCCUGAGGACUUUGGCACAAGCAGGAAUUAAUGCCAAACCUUCACUGUCUGCCUGGCCAAGCAAUGUUGUUCCUCAGGGACAGAAUGUGACCCUCACUUGUGACACUCAAAACAAGUUUAACAUAGUCAUGCUGUACAAAGAGCAUGGGGAUCCAAACCUUCAGGUCCAUAAAAAAAUGUUCCGGAGGAGUCUUCUCUUGGGGCCUGUGACACCAGCAUUUGGAGGAACCUACAGAUGCUAUAGUUAUAAACAUCAAUACCAUACUGAACUCUCAUCACACAGUGAGCCUCUGAAGAUCAUAAUUUCAGGAAUCUACAAGAAACCUCUCCUCUUGGUCCUACCAACUCCUCUGGUAAAAUUAGGAGAGAAGACGACAUUGAAGUGCCACUCAGAGAUUAUGUUUGACAUUUUCAUUUUGACUUCACAUAGAAUGGGAAUAAACAAGGACUCUUAUCAGCUCUCUGCAGAAUAUCAUUUUGGAGGAUCCAAUGCCAACUUCCCAAUAGGACCAGUAACACCUGAGCAUGCUGGGACCUACACAUGCUACGGUUCUUACAAGAAUACACCAUAUGAGUGGUCUGGAUCCAGUGACCCUGUUGACAUAAAGAUCACAGGUUUAUACAAGAAACCUUCCUUGUCUGCCCUGAUGGGAACUGUGGUGACAUCAGGAGAGAAAAUGACCUUGUCCUGCAUCUCUGAAUAUCAGUUUGACGUGUUCCAUCUGUCCAGGGAAGGGGUGCCUCUGGGACAUGGGUUACCUGCAGAGCAGAGCCACAAUGGGACAUUCCAGGCCAACUUCCUUCCUGUUCCUUUGAUCCAGGCAGAAACGUAUAGAUGCUAUGGUUCUUUUAGGAACUCUUCCCAUGUGUGGUCAUCCCCAAGUGACCCAUUGUACCUUUCGAUCACAGUAAACUCAUCAAGAAAUUUCACUUCAUCCACUGAACCAGACUCCAAAACUAAUAAUCAUAGGCUCCUGCAUAUUCUGAUUAGACUGUCACUUUUCAUGAUUGCUGUGUUCCUCAUCUUCAUCAUUCAUUCUUGGACCCAUGCCAGAAGGAAUAUCAAAAAUAAGCCAGAAAGAGACAUCUAA